UCUAACCAAGUGCAGAUCACUUCAGAUAUAAGCAGUAUAUGUUCACACGAGUCUGCAAGGGAAUAAAAUUUCUUCUUUUUAUUAUUAUCUUUCAAAUAUAAAUUAAAGAAAAAUAUAACAUAAUGGCUGCGACCAUGCCAAUAAAUCCAAAACCAUUUUUAAAUGGUUUAACUGGUAAACCAGUUAUGGUAAAAUUAAAAUGGGGCCAUGAAUACAAAGGUUAUCUUGUCUCUGUUGAUGGAUAUAUGAAUCUACAAUUAGCUAAUACAGAGGAACAUAUAGAUGGAACUUGUACUGGCAAUCUUGGCGAAGUUUUAAUAAGAUGUAAUAAUGUAAUGUACAUAAGAGGUGUAGAAGAAGAAGAUGAAGAGGGAGAAAUGAAAGACUAG